AUGGCAAAUACCGGAGUUCCCUUUCAAGUCCCGAUGCUCACUAAGAGCAACUAUGACAAUUGGAGCUUAAGGAUGGUAGCUCUCCUUGGUGCACAUGAUGUGUGGGAGGUGGUCGAGAAGGGCCAUACUGAGCCAGAGAAUGUAGAAAGUCUUUCUCAAGCUCAAAAGGAUAGCUUGAGAGACUCAAGGAAGAGAGACAAGAAAGCUCUUUGUCUAAUCUAUCAAGGAUUAGAUGAAGAUACUUUUGAGAAGAUUUCUGGAGUCAAGUCAGCCAAGGAAGCAUGGGAGAAGCUCAAAAUCUCUUACAAGGGAGCAGAUCAAGUAAAAAAGGAAGGAGAACUAGUCUCUGAUUACUUUUCAAGAGUUUUAACGGUUACUAAUAACCUAAAAAGAAAUGGUGAGAAGCUAGAUGAUGUAAGAAUUAUGGAGAAAAUUCUUAGAUCAUUAGAUCCAAAGUUCGAACAUAUUGUCACCAUUACCGAAGAAACCAAGGACUUGGAGGCUAUGUCAAUAGAGCAACUUCUUGGUUCAUUGCAAGCUUAUGAAGAAAAGAAAAAGAAGAAGGAAGAGAUCGUGGAACAAGUCCUCAAGGUACACAUUGAUUCAAGAAAAGAAGAAAAUGCACACAACCAAUCAAGGCGGAGUUAUAGUCAAGAACAAGGACGAGGGCGUGCAUAUGGACGUGGACAAGGACGAAAGCCUAACAACAAUAACCAAAGAGGAGAAAGCUCUAACAGAGGUCGUGGGAGAGGAAAUCCAAAUUCAAGGUAUAACAAGUCACGAAUCAAGUGUUACAAUUGUGAUAAGUUUGAACAUUAUGCUUCUGAAUGUAGAGCCCCUAACAAGAAUAAAGUCGAAGAGAAAGCCAAUUAUGCUAAAGAAAGGUGUCAAGAAGAUGGUACCUUGCUAUUGGCUUACAAGGGCCAAGAUAAAGGCGAGGAUAAUCAGUGGUACCUUGACAGUGGAGCAAGUAACCAUAUGUGUGGGAAGAGAAGCAUGUUCGUAGAGCUUGACGAAUCAGUAGAGGGAAACGUGGCUUUUGGAGAUGAAUCAAAGGUGGCGGUGAAAGGAAAAGGAUUAGAGUUGCUCUCCAAGAAGGCAAUGGUGAGAGGGCUGCCUUCUAUUACUCACCCCAACCAAGUUUGUGAAGGAUGUCUACUUGGAAAACAAUUUCGAUUGAGUUUUCCGAAGGAGUCAGACACAAGAGCCCAAAAGCCAUUAGAACUCAUUAACACUGAUGUGUGUGGACCAAUCAAGCCAAGAUCACUCGAAAAAUCAAAAGUAUUCGAGAAUUUCAAGAAGUUUAAAGCCCAUAUUGAGAAGGAAAGUGGCCUUCUGAUCAAAGCUUUGAGAUCUGAUCGUGGAGGAGAGUUCACAUCAAAAGAGUUUCAGAAGUAUUGUGAAGACAAUAGGAUCAGACGACAAUUGACAGUACCAAGAUCCCCUCAACAAAAUGGAGUGGCGGAAAGGAAGAAUAGAACUAUCCUGAAGAUGGCAAGGAGCAUGCUUAAAAGCAAGAGACUUCCAAAGGAGUUUUGGGCUGAAGCCGUUGCAUGUGCAGUCUAUCUAACCAACCGCUCUCCAACAAGAAGUGUUAAUGGAAAAACACCACAAGAAGCAUGGAGCGGAAGAAAGCUAGGUAUUUCUCAUCUUAGAGUCUUUGGAAGUAUAGCUCAUGUGCAUGUGCCAGAUGAGAAACGAAGUAAACUUGAUGACAAAAGUGAAAAAUACAUCUUUAUUGGUUACGACGCCAACUCCAAAGGGUACAAACUCUACAAUCCUGAUUCAAGGAAAACAAUCAUCAGUCGGAAUGUAGUGUUUGAUGAAGAAGGAGAAUGGGAUUGGUCGACAAAUUGUGAGGACCAUACCUUCUUCUCGUGCGUUGAAGAAGAUGAUGUGGAACAACAACAACAACAAUCACAAGAGGCACCUGCUACUCCACCCACUUCACCAAAUACAACUCUUCAAGAUGAUGAAAGCUCAACCCAUGAACUUCCAAGAAGCAACUGA